AUGGGCGCUGCAAGGGUGCCUCGUCUAUGGACGGUGCCCCCCGCUGCCCUAGCUGCAUACACUGCGGGGGAAUGGUCUCAACACAGACAAUCAAGAGCUCCAUACAGUACGUCUCGGACACGAUACAAAGAUUUGGAGUCUAGCAAGUCCAAUGCGGGCUCAGAUGGACUUGGUGAGGAGCGCAAGCACGAUGGGUCUAUCUGGAGCAACAUCGGCCACAAGCUCGAUGAGGUCAAGCAAACUGUUGGCUCCGGCGAGUGGGCAGAUGUGGGUAGCAUCAAAGACUACAUCAUCCCGGACUGGACACGAUUUCUACCAGCUACUGUCCAAAAACUCCAGCGCGAGCUCUCCCUCUCGCCUGGCUCAUUAGCAGACGAUAUCUGGAAGGAGGCACGGGACCCCGAUAUCCACCCUGAGAUUCUGCGCGACGCCGAGGUACGCGUAAGUGGGGAUCUAUGCGAUGAAGAGCAGGAAUUUAGACAGCAAAGGCAACGUAAGGUUGUAAAAGCAUUGUCGUCCUACCUCAACAUACCUGAGGAGGACAUCCACCCCGACGAUGUACCGGUCAUUGCGAUGUGUGGCUCGGGAGGUGGUCUGCGUGCUCUAGUUGCAGGCACCGGAUCGUACUUGGCAGCACAGGAAGCAGGGCUGUGGGACUGUAUUACCUACACAGCUGGUGUCAGUGGCAGCUGCUGGCUGCAGACGCUUUAUCAUUCGUCCAUUGCACAGCGAGACUUCGACAAGCUUGUCGACCAUCUGAAGAAUCGUCUUGGUGUUCACAUUGCAUUCCCGCCGGCAGCUCUUAAUCUCCUCACUACUGCUCCGACAAACAAGUACCUCCUCGGUGGGUUUGUGGAGAAGUUGAAAGGUGACCCUGGGGCGGACUUUGGGUUGGUAGAUAUUUACGGAUUGCUGCUCGCAGCGAGACUCUUGGUCCCCCGAGGAGAAUUGGGAGUCUCUGAUGCGGAUUUCAAGUUGUCGAACCAGCGAGCCAAUUUGAUAAAUGGGGCUCAUCCGCUCCCCAUCUACACGGCGGUGCGGCAUGAGAUCCCUGUUGAGGCUGUCAAACACGAAGACGACCAGACCAAAAAGCAUCCAACACCUGAACAGCUGGUGAAAGAGUCACGAAAUGAAGCAUGGUUCCAAUGGUUUGAGUUCACUCCCUACGAAUUCUUUUGUGAAGAACUCAAUGCCGGCAUUCCCACCUGGGCUUUGGGACGUCACUUCAGCGCAGGCCGCUCCGAGGUUUCCGCUGAGAACCUCCCCAUCCCGGAGUUGAGAAUUCCCGGGCUCAUGGGUGUUUGGGGUAGCGCUUUCUGCGCGACUUUGUCUCACUAUUAUAAGGAGAUCCGGCCUCUUGUCAGAGGCCUGGCUGGAUUUGGUGGAAUCGAUUCUCUCAUCCAAGGCAAGAACCAAGACUUGAUCAAGGUGCAUCCCAUCGACCCUGCGGGUAUACCUAACUACGUCAUGGGAAUGAAAGAUCAGCUGCCCGACUCCUGUCCAGAGUCGAUCUUCCGAAACGAGCACCUGCGUCUCAUGGAUGCGGGAAUGAGUAACAACCUGCCAAUCUACCCACUCCUUCGACCCGGGCGCGAUGUUGAUAUAAUUGUCGCGUUUGAUGCGUCUGCGGAUGUCAAACAGGAGAACUGGCUUUCUGUGGUAGAUGGGUACGCCAGGCAACGUGGUGUCAAGGGUUGGCCCGUCGGCGCCGGAUGGCCUAAAGAUGCGAGCCUCAAGGAUACCGAGAACGUCCUGCGCGAGCCAGAAAACAUCACUGAGGAGCAAUUAACAGAGAAACUCGCCGACGCCAAAAAUAACUCUGGAAACCAGCCCGCUGAUCAAAAGCCCAAGUCCGGCACGGACCUAAGGCUAUUGCAACAGCGAACAUCGAACGACGAGCCUCCGCCAUCCAAACGUCUCUUUGAUUCUCCCCACAGCGAAGACCAUUCUGAAUCCGAGUUCCACCUGAUGCGACCAGAUGCCGGCAUCGCGGUUAUCUACUUCCCUCUGAUUCCCAAUCCUUCCGCACCAGACAUUCCUCCCAAACCUAGAGUUCGUCCGCGUGCAGCUGCUCAGUCCAUGCGACAGGAUAGCUCUCAAACCAAAGACCCGGAACUGCCCCUUGCUCCACAUCCCAACUCGAUCGACCCGGCAGUUGAUGAUUUCCUGUCUACUUGGAACUUCAUCUAUACGCCUGAGCAGGUUGACUCCGUCGUUGGUCUUGCAAAGGCUAACUUCUCCGAGGGUGAAGAGCAGACUCGCCGUGUUGUACGUGCUGUCUAUGAGCGCAAGAAAUCCGAUCGUCUGCAGAAGGAGGCAGCAGAGCUUCGGAAGAAGAUGGAAGGCUUUGUGCCUCUAUAA